UCAGGUUGAAGUUACACUAGAGUCAAGAGAAAGUAUAAGAUGAAAAUGGUAGGAUAUGAAUGCUCCCAAAAUAAAAGGCCAAAUACAUACGUAGACGUCUAAACUUGACACCCAUUUUUACUUCUACACUUAAACUUAGGCUCGUUCCUAUUAGAUAUCUGAACUAUGUUUGAAGUAUGCCUAAUGAACACCUCAGUGAUAAUUUCUACAUAAAAAUAAAAAGACUGAUGUAUACGCACCUUAACAUGGUAAAACACCAAAUUAAAUGUCGACAUGUGGCUUUUCCCAUUUUAUCUUUUUGUUUUUUUCCUAUCCACUUCUGAACCACCAAAAAAGCCACCCACCGGCGAUGGAAACCACUUCCCAACCUAUCAUCGCCAUUUUUGAACCAACCUUUUUGGAACAGCACACCGCCAAUAUCGAACUAUCAGCAUAUUUAAACACCAAAUAGGUCACCGCACAACUAUCUGCAUCACAACCUCGUCGGAAACGGAACGCCGGCACCCCGUCGAAGCAUUCUUUUCAUCACACCAAGUGGUCGAUCGAAUAUUCCUCACCACCUUUUUCCCCAAUUGUCGUCAAUCCAUCAUAAUUUGUGUAUAGAGUUACAGAAAUUUUUUACUACUUAUUACAAGAAAUUCAUCACAUGGGCGUCGAAGGAAACAGUGAAAAUGCAAAACACAUUGGGUGGUGGUGACGGGGUUAGUAUGGAUACGGGAAUUGGCUGUGAUUUUGGACUCAUUGUUGGCAAUGGUAAAGGUGAAUUUUUAGGUAAAUUAAGCUUAGUUGGUGAUGGUAAUAGUGUUGUUUCGGGUGGCAAAGAAUAGAGACGAAAAGAAAAAAAAAAAUUCAUCCAAAUAUUCACGCGCUCAAUUUUGAGUGAAGAUCACUCAUUGUGCCACAUGUAUAUGAGGUGUUCAAAUGUUACACUUCAGACAUAGUUCAGAUGUCGAACAGGAACAAGCCUAAGUUUAAGCGUGAAAGUAAAAAUGUGCUAAGUUUAAGUGAUUACGUAUGUAUUCGGCCAAAAUGAAAUGAAGGGUAAAACUAAUAUGUUUCAAAACAUUUGUCCUUUUUAUUUCAAAUUCUUUAUCCUUUUUAUUUUCAUUUCGAAAGUUCUAUCCUUUUCUUUUCUCAUUUUUGAAAUGACAGGUCAAGUACACGUACUGUAAAAAGCAACCUCAUCUCUUAUCACAUAAGAGUCAAUUCUGGUUGCUUUUUUCCCACAAGAACUGCGCUAGCUCUCUUCAUCUUCCUCUUCUUCUCUUUGAUUAUAAUAAACAUAGAGGAAAAAGCAAAACAUCUAACAGAAGAAGAGUACUUGAGCAUGGAGCCUAAAUCAGAAGAUGACUACUCAAAUAUUAGAGUGCGGCUCUUAGUUGCCAAUGACAACUAUCACAAGCAAAACCAAGGUAGCAGCGAAGAAACAGGACUAGAGGAUCCUCAAGUUCAACAUGAGUUCGUUUCAGCUGGACCAACCUCCUUUUCAAGAACUUGUUUCAAUGGACUCAAUGCUUUGUCAGGAGUUGGCAUACUUUCAGUACCUUACGCAUUAGCAUCAGGAGGAUGGUUGAGCUUGAUAUUUCUCUUCAUUAUCGCCAUCUCUACUUAUUACACAAGCUUAUUAAUCCAAAGAUGCAUGGACAUUGAUCCAACUAUAACAAGCUACCCUGAUAUCGGGGAACGCGCAUUCGGAAAGGGUGGAAGAAUGCUUGUCUCCACGACGAUGAAUGUGGAACUUUAUAUGGUCGUAACAGGUUUCUUGAUUUUAGAGGGAGAUAACUUACAAAAUUUAUUCGGAGACAUAGAAUUUCAAAUAUUUGGAGUUACCAUUGGUGGAAAACAGAGUUUUGUGGUUAUUAUUAGCCUCAUUAUUCUGCCUACUGUUUGGUUGAAUAAUAUGAGCAUUCUUUCUUAUAUAUCUGCUAGUGGAGUAGUGGCCUCUAUUGUACUACUUGGGUCCAUCUUGUGGGCUGCUGUAUUUGAUGGGCUUGGAUUUCAAGCAAAUGGGACUCAGUUCAUAAACUGGAAAGGAAUGCCUACUGCUGUUAGCCUCUAUGCCUUCUGCUAUUGUGCUCAUCCAGUUUUUCCAACAUUAUAUACUUCCAUGAUAAAUCCAAAGAAGUUCUCUAAGGUCAUGUUGGUUUGCUUUCUACUUUGCACCAUCAGCUAUGCAUCAAUGGCAAUUGUGGGGUAUCUCAUGUUUGGUCCAACUGUACUUUCCCAAAUAACCUUAAACCUCCCCACUAAUAAAAUUAGCUCAAAAGUGGCAAUUUACACCACACUGGUCAAUCCAAUAGCCAAGUAUGGCUUAAUGAUAAAACCUCUGGUGAAUUCUUUUGAAAAUCAACUUCCAAUUAAUUUCAAUAAAAGGCUCUUAAGUAUACUUAUCAGAACAGCUUUAGUUAUUAGCACUAUUAUUGUAGCCUUAGCUAUUCCCUUAUUUGGAUAUCUCAUGUCACUUGUUGGAGCAUUUUUGAGCAUCACAGCUUCUAUAAUACUCCCAUGCUUGUGUUUCGUGAAGAUUUCUGGUAUUUAUCAAAUACUAGGAUUUGAGCUAGUAGUUAUACUGGGAAUUGUGGUAAUGGGCAUUGCUAUUAUGAUUGUAGGUACUUACACUUCGGUGGUAGAAAUUAUAGGUCAUUUGUACCUAUAAGAAGUGUCAGGAUCUAGAAUUUAAAUUUGAGUAGUCAAUGGUAAACGUUCUUAGUACUAUCCAUAAUGUAACUUUAAAACUAUUGGUUUAGAAUUGGUUGUUCAUCCUUUCCAAAUUUGAUUUCUAGCUAUGUUAUAUAUGGCAGUAUCUAAAGGCAUAUUAUCAGUUGAAGUAUAUUCU